AUGAGUUUGACACCUCUGAUCUGUCAUCACCUUGCCCAGCUGUCAAAACUGUUUUGUAGCGAGCGGCCUACGCUUCCUAUCGAUCCCAAAAUUACCAACUCAAUGGACUCAGAAAACACUCGCUUGGUUUUGGAAUGUGUCGAAUCGUUUCUUUUGAAAUUUACCUCACAAACACCAACGUUGUUGGAUGCGUUAUGUGUGGCUGCUACGAUUCUGAAGCAGACCAAUACAACAUUCCAUCCAAUCUCGUUUCAAUCCAGCACGGGUACACAUGAUCUUCUAUCCACUAUUGCGAUUGAGCUUCGACAUGCAGCCGAGGCAGCAGAUAGCAAGCAGUUUUUCAUCUACUCCCAAAAAAUCAAAACAUCGUCAUGCAUUCUGCAAAUGCUCAUGGAAGAAGCGAAACAGGCACGUCGGAAAAUUGAUUCUUUAGCGCUACGCAAUACUACAUCGCUCGAACGUCUCCAGUUGCAAAACUUUCAUAUAUACAUAGAGCAAGCGUUCAACAUACUAUAUAUUCUAAAUCUUGAAUUACACGAAAUACAACUGACUGCGAAUGGACUCUACGUUCAUGGGUUGAAGGAAGAUAAACCACUUCUGCAGGAAAUGGAUGGAUUAAAGGAUGCAAUUGCACGUUUCGUAUCAAUCGUAUCGUCCAAACAUUUUAAGUCCUCCUUCACCACACCGUUACGACAAUAA